GCAGUCGGGCGCUCAUUGGCCAAGCGGUGUACUGGCAUUUGAAUGUGUCCGUAUGAUCGAUGUGAGAAUUCUGGCCGAGGCGGAGAUGAGAGCGGGCGAGAGGUUGGAGGCAGCAGCAAGAUGGCGUACCAGACCUUCCGGCAGGAGUACAUGCAGAUUCCCCCGGUGACCCGCUCCUACACCACGGCCUGCGUGCUCACUACCGCUGUAGUGCAAUUAGAACUCAUAACACCAUUUCAGCUAUACUUUAACCCAGAAUUGAUAUUUAGACACUAUCAGGUAUGGCGACUAAUAACAAACUUCUUGUUUUUUGGGCCAGUUGGAUUUAAUUUUUUAUUUAAUAUGAUUUUUCUAUACAGAUACUGUCGGAUGCUUGAAGAAGGAUCUUUCCGAGGUCGCACAGCAGAUUUUGUAUUUAUGUUCCUUUUUGGUGGCCUUCUAAUGGCUAUCUUUGGUCUAUUUGUCAAUUUGGUGUUCCUAGGCCAAGCUUUUACAAUAAUGCUUGUGUAUGUGUGGAGCAGAAGGAAUCCUUAUGUUCGGAUGAACUUUUUUGGGCUUCUCAAUUUCCAGGCUCCAUUCCUUCCAUGGGUUCUCAUGGGCUUCUCACUGUUGCUGGGGAAUUCCAUCAUUGUGGACCUCUUGGGUAUAGCAGUUGGGCACAUCUAUUUCUUUCUAGAGGAUGUGUUCCCUAACCAACCUGGAGGCGGAAGAAUUCUUAAGACCCCAUAUAUUUUGAAAGCAAUAUUUGAUACUCCAGACGAAGACCCAAAUUACAACCCACUGCCAGAAGAUCGUCCUGGGGGUUUUGCUUGGGGAGAAGGACAACGGCUUGGAGGUUAAUAAAACAGAUGUCCAGGGAAACAUGGCUAUUGGGAGCUGAACUUUUUUUUAUAACUUCUGGAAUGCACAUUGUCCCUGUUUUCAGAGCUAACGUUUCAGUUCUCCAGAACAGGAAGCACUUUAUAAUCCAUUCAAUGACCCAAGGAAACUUUAAUUUUCCCACCAGUGCCUCUGAGUUGAGGUUUUGUUUGCAUUGGUACUUGAAGCUCUUGGACCCAAGGACACAAAAACUGGAAAUGGGGAAACCAGUGCUUGCCAACUGGACUGUGCAGAAUUCUGUAUUGCUUCUUAACAGUUGGUGUGUGUUUAUUAGUAUUUUCCUUUUUAAUAUGUAUGGAAUUUAUUGCUGUUUGCAAGCACAGACGCGAAGUGUUGAUACUGUAAGUCUGUGCCAGUGUCCCCCUCACAAAUAAUGCACAAAAUAGGGUGGCGUAACUCCAACAACCAUUCCUCUGCUGUGUAAUUUAAAAUGCAAUGCAGAUUUUUUUUUUUUUUUUUUUUUUUUUUUUACACACACACAUUAAUAGUAACAAACUAUGCACUGUUUAAACAGUGGGAUAUAAAAUCUGCAAUGUUUUCUGAAUUUAUAGGUUAUACUAUAAUAAGGUUUCAUCAUCAAAAUGUCACAAUUUCUAUCUUCUUUUUGGAUUUAUGUGAGAUAAUGGAGGCGUAUGAUGGUGGCCUAAUAACCACAUUGGGGAACAUGUAUGAGCAGUUUUUAAUGUGUGCAAUAAAUCCUUUUAAGUUGU